AUGGCGACUCAGAUCAGCAAGAAGAGAAAGUUUGUAUCUGACGGUGUGUUCUACGCCGAAUUGAACGAGGUUUUGACCCGGGAGCUUGCAGAGGAUGGCUACUCCGGUGUGGAGGUUAGGGUUACUCCGAUGAGGACUGAGAUCAUCAUCAGAGCCACCCGAACCCAGAACGUUCUCGGUGAGAAGGGAAGGAGAAUCAGAGAGUUGACAUCUCUUGUGCAGAAGAGAUUCAGGUUCCCUGCAGACAGUGUUGAGCUUUACGCUGAGAAGGUCAACAACAGAGGUCUCUGCGCCAUUGCUCAGGCUGAGUCUCUCCGUUACAAGCUUCUCGGUGGACUCGCUGUUCGUAGGGCAUGCUAUGGUGUCUUGAGAUUUGUCAUGGAGAGUGGAGCUAAGGGAUGUGAGGUGAUUGUGAGUGGAAAACUCCGUGCAGCAAGAGCAAAGUCAAUGAAGUUCAAGGAUGGUUACAUGGUUUCAUCUGGUCAACCCACAAAAGAGUACAUCGACUCUGCAGUGAGACACGUCUUGCUUAGACAGGGUGUGCUCGGAAUCAAGGUGAAGGUCAUGCUUGACUGGGACCCGGCGGGCAAACUAGGACCGAAGACGCCAUUGCCUGAUGUUGUGAUCAUCCAUUCUCCCAAGGAAGACGAGAAGAACCCCGCUCCUGCUCAGGUCGCUGCUCCGGUUCCUAUUUUGCCGGAAGCGCCUAUCACGGCCUCAGAUUACCCGGAGAUGAUCCCUGUCGCCUAG